GACUAUGAGUGAGCCGAGGCUACUGGCUACAUCUUCAGGAUUGUAUCACCACCUACACGAUUCAUAGUUGGUAUUUCCCCUUCCUAUUUAUCACAUAGACGGAGUUCAUAGCAGAUUAUGCUUCUCUUCUUCUCAUAGACCAUCUCCCGCCUCCUCUCCAAGUCCCUUUUCAUUCCUCAGUGCGGGGUACCCAAGGCAAGAUGACACACCCAACUGCUUCACGCGAGAAAGCAAUGAAAGCCGUUGAAGCUAUUUUCGAGCGGUACCUCCUAAUCGCGAAAUCAACGAAUUUUACCGGCUUCGACAAACACAUAAUGUCCACCGUAAAAGUCGUUGACGCAACUAUGGGCGGAACGGUGACUUUUGAGCUCCCCCUCGAUGAGCGGUACGGAAAUUUGAAUGGUGUCAUGCAUGGUGGUGCCGCUGGUGUUAUCUUUGAUAUGUGUACCACGAUUGCGCUUGGUCCUUUGGCGAAGCCGGGAUUCUGGGAUUUCUUAGGCGGCGUGACGAGGACGUUGAGUAUUAGUUAUUUGAAAGCUAUUCCUAUCGGAACAACGAUCCGUGUUUAUAGCGAAGUAAUGCAAGUUGGCAGGACUAUGGCUCUGAUUCGAGGUACAAUGACGAGUCUUGACCGGAAGACUGUUUAUUGUACGUGUGAGCAUCACAAAGUGGCUGUUCCGACGAGGAAAGAGCAUUUGGAGCACGUGGUGGAGUGGGAUGGGCUUUGGGCCAAAGAUGGGGAGGGUAAGGCUAAGUUAUGAGGGUGGUGGGACGUUGUAGCUGAGAACUGUCAGAGAGAGAAGAACUGGAAGUUAAGUGGCACUGCUUCUGUGAGUAAAGUCUUCAGUAUCUUACUACCUUUUGGACAUUGUGCUAUGCAAAGUACUAGGCCGGAAAUAGAAUAUUAAAUGAGAGAAGAGCACGAGACAUCCACGAACAUUAUAUAUAUUUUUGAAGUUUAUAAACACGAAGGGUAUCAUCACCUUCUUGGAGCCUUUGAGGAUCUAACCAGACUCAUGGUCCUUUCCUUUUCGCUUUGUUCCAAGACACUAAAGUCACGACUCGGCCUAACUUUCACACCUGGGCAGCACCCUCCUCGUGCAGGCCAUUGUGUCUCUCACGCCUCUAAGGAUCAUUCACAUCAACUGAAUUCUUGAAUCUAAUGAUCCUCAUCCAAGCAGGUCAAGAAAGUCAGCUUUGCGAC